AUGAGCGUCGAAAAACCCGAAACACAUUACUCAGACGAUGAUCUGGACGAUCUGGAUGACCUGCUCGAUGAUUUCGACGAUGAAAUCUUGAGCAAGCCGCCCGGGGCAACGCUGAAGCAAGAUCAGGAACACACCACCACACAGGACGAAGAGCCCAAAUUGGACGAUAAAGAGCUGUUUGGCAAACUGCUGAAAGAAAUUGGUGCCCAGGACCCCGACCUCUCGAAGAAUCUCGGUAGUUUUCUGGACGAUAUUGGCAAACAGAACAGCGGGUCAUCCUCUCCUCAGCCGGCUACAAAGAAUAACUUUCAGGAUGUGAUAUCGGAAACAAUAAACAGACUCAAGGAGAGCGGAGAGCAAGUGGACCAAUCCAUCAAGGAAGAGGAUGGGAACGACGAGCUGAUCACGAGUCUGCUCAAGUCGCUUGAUCUCAAUUUAGACCUGAAAGGAUUAGACGGACAGAAGGGGGGAGUCGAGGACGUUGGUAAUUUACUGGUCGAGAUGCUGGACAAAUUGUCGUCCAAAAAUGUGCUGUACGAGCCGUUAAAUGACCUGUGCCAGAAGUUCCCUACCUGGCUGGACAACCCUGAGAAUCAGCAAGAUGAGAACUACGCGAAGUAUCAGCAACAGUACGCCGUGAUCAAGCAAAUAAUUAGCACAUUCGACCUCCCCGACCACGAGGAUAAAAAAAACAGAGAUAUCAUCAACACCAAACUGGAGGAGUUACAAGAAUUGGGAAUGCCCCCAAAGGAAUUACUCAAUGACGACCUAAAGUUUCUGAACUUCGCAGGAAACUCCGAACUGGAGUUGGACGACAAUGAUAUCCCGGAGGAUAUCAACAAGGAACUGGAAGAUACAUGCAAACAAACAUAG